AUGUUGAAGUACUCUGUGCUACUGCCAACCUAUAAUGAAAGGGAGAACCUACCACUCGUGGUUUGGCUGAUAGUGGAAGCUUUUGAAGAGGCUGGAGAGAGUUUUGAAAUCAUCAAUAUAGAUGAUGGAAGCCCUGAUGGAACACAGGAAGUAGCAGAGCAGCUUCAGAGGAUAUUUGGUGAAGAUCGUAUUGUUCUUCGACCCCGAGCUGAGAGACUUGGGUUGGGAACAGCUUACAUUCAUGGCUUGACUCAUGCCAGAGGGGAGUUCAUCUUUAUAAUGGAUGCAGACCUUUCCCACCAUCCCAAGUUUAUAAAAGACUUCAUCCAAGUGCAGAGAGAAGGAGAUUACGACAUUGUAACUGGAAGUCGGUACUCAGAUGGGGGUGGAGUUUAUGGCUGGGAUUUGAAGAGAAAGAUAGUGAGUUCUGGAGCAAAUAUUCUAACCCAAAUUCUCCUGAGACCAGGCAUUUCAGAUGUGACUGGUAGUUAUCGACUCUACAAGAAGCAUGUUCUACAGAAACUUGUUAAAUCGUGUGAGAGCAAAGGAUAUGUCUUUCAGAUGGAGAUGAUUGUGAAAGCAAGGGAAAAUGGCUUUUCUGUUUCCCAAGUACCCAUCACCUUUGUUGAUCGCAUGUAUGGAGAGUCAAAAAUGGGAUUUUCAGAGAUCUUACAGUUUGCCAAGGGCCUCCUACAUCUCUUUAUGACAUCACAAUGA